AUGUCACAACAUGUAUUGCCAAACAAUUUUUUAAGUCAAUUUAAAUCUAGAUACUUAGAUCAUGGUUAUCAACUGUUAGGUACAAGUGAACACGACGAAUUUGUUGUUUCAUUAUCUUCUUCUGAUAAUUCUCGAAGAACAUCCUAUGAUAGUAAUAUAUCAUCAUCAGAACAACAUCAAGAUACAAAUGAUCUUCGUGUUAGAUCAGAAAAAGAAGAACAUAUUCAUUGUGGUUUGGCAAAACAAAUUACGUCUGAAAAUGUUCAAAAACAUUUUGAAAUUUUUUAUGAAAUUCACAAUGGUUUUACAUCAGACCAAGUAUCAAUCAUUGAAAAUGCUUUACAAAUUGUUGCUGAUAGAUUAUUCAAACCAGAAAUUUUGCAAAAUAUGUAUCAAAUUUGUGGUAAAUCUAGUUGUUUCUUAACACAAGAAGUAUUAUCACAGUCAAAUUUAAUAGAAAAUUCAAUUUAUUUCAAUCAAUAUUUAUUGUUACAGUACCAAUUAAUGUGUCUCAAAGUCCAAAGUGAAAAUGGUGAAAUUCCCAUCAUCAAUAUUCAUCCAAUUGAUGAAAAAAAUCAAAAAGAAAAUAAUGAUUCUCUUCCGUGUGUUUUUUGUAUUUCUCAUGGAUCAACAUUUAUGAUUGAUGGUGAAUUCGAAGUUGAAUUAAAUCAAGAUAAACUUAAUGAAUCAAUUAAAAACAAUUCAAAUGCAUUAUUCUGGGCGGGAGAAAUUGUUUAUGAGAUGCUUCGCAAUUUAGGUCAUCGACCCAAUGACAUUUGUUAUACAAAUCAAUCGCAGAUUAAUGUUUUUAAACAAUGUUUUCUACAUAAUGGAAAUUAUAUUCCACUUAAAACUAAAUAA